AUGAAGCCAAAUGGGCAUCAUACAAUCGUUCUACGAUCAAGUCUCCUAAAACGGCUUCGUGAUCUGUCUGGUCGCAUCCCGAUGGUGAACGAUGUAUUUGAUACCAGCGUGUUGCAACCAUUCUAUCAAGAUUUGUGGCAUAAAGUCUACAUGGAUGUGGAUCUACGGAACAAAGCGGUGGAAGGGAUUUUCCUCUACGAUCCACGCUAUCCCGGUCGAAUGGACUCGUUGGUGGACGAGGCGAAAUCCAACAAGAUCUAUUGUCAGUCUCAAUUCGUCGAAAUUUGUCGACGAUUGGGUAUAGUCCCACUGGAAUUUAUGUGUCUACAUCAGAGUACGUUUUUGCGUGUAUCUAACAACCGAAUGAGAAUGUCCUAUUGUCUCUAUCGUCGACUGUUUAUGGACGAACUGAUUGGAACUUUGGAGAAAACAUUUCCAUUUACGACAGGCCUCCUAAAACCGAUUUUAUACAUGUCACUGACUGGACUGCUAGUGUGUUCUCAUCCGGACACAGAUGAGGCUCUUUGGAAUAGUAUCUUUGUGCCCAUUGAGAUGCACGUGAAACUGAAGUCAGCUUGUAUGAAACCGCUGAAUCCGUUAACUAUGAACUGCACCGUGAGAGAAAGAUUUUCCGUGCUUAAAGUAUACGACUCCGACUCAGUUACUGAGACUAUGAUCCCUGCGGUUGGCUUAUUUCAUCCGAGUGAAGGUGUGCACAAAAUCGAUCCGAGCUAG